AUGUUAAAGGAAAAGUUUAAAAGUUUUAUAAUCUGCAUUGUUAUUUCAUUAUGUAUAAUUGUUUCAGAGUGUAAUGAAGGAAAGAUUGGUGAAUUCCUUAGUUCCAGGAUAGAAACCAUGAGUAAUGCAACCAUUGAAAUGGUUGAUAAAAGAGUUCUAAAGCUAACAGGGCCAAUAAAAUCGAUAUAUUGCAAUCAAACAAACGCAGAUAGAAUCAUAAUAUAUAAGCAUGCGGAAGAUUAUAUUUACAUGCUAAGCGAGAACGAGUUAAUGGCAAUUGAUAUUAAUGAAAAAGAAGCAAGGUUUUUGUUCGUUGGAACAUUCCUUCAUAUGAGCGAAGCAGCGAUUGAAUUUCAGGUUCAAAAUUGGCGAAAUAAAAUCGUUGUUGUUAUGAGAACAAGCACAUCGCUACAAGUAUAUCUUACCAGUAGUGAUUUCAAAACAGUGGCAAAUUUGGAAACCGUUCAGAAAAUUAAUAUUAAUGUACCAACCUCAAAUAAAUAUGUUUUGUUUAGAAAUGGAGAAGAUUUAUUUAUGGUUACUUAUGAGAUCAGAACAGACUCAGCGAAUAAGUUAAUCCUUUACAAAUGGAGAGCAACAUUUUUCACUAAUGAAUCUGAAGAGAGUGCUGAUCUUCCAAGCAAAAGCGAUUUAUUUGUUUAUAAUACAAAUACAACGGAACCUUUAGUCAUAUUGAUAGGAAUUGGAGAGAUAAAUCAAAUAAUUGUUCUCAAAAUCCUUCAUAAAAGGAACAAAUGGAAGAAACUUCAAAGAAUGCAAUUUAAACGAAGCUUUAUAAAAUGUAUUGUGAACAAAGGCAAUCUUUAUAUGAUCGGUUGUUCUACUGAAACUUACUGUGCAAUUUAUAAGUGGACCAACUCACAAUUUCGAAGAUAUCAAAAGCUCAGCAGCCAAAUUCAAGAAAAGAUUAAAGACAUUAAAUUUGGACAUGAUAUUAUUGUCAUGGAAAAUAAUGAAAGAAUGAUGUCGUUCUACACAUCUCCGGAUUUUAUCGGACUUCGUUCUGCUUUAUCAAGAGUAAACUCUCUUGAUCAUUUCGAUUUUACAUUAUUUAAGAUGUCAACUUCACAAAAUUUGUAUUUUGUAGAUUUUUUGUUUAACAAAACUUCGUUUGAGAUUAAUUUUUAUGAUGUUUCUGAAGAACAUUCUAAAGCAAUUUCUUCAGAAAGAAGUAAUUCGGCAUCAUCACCUAAACCUCUGAAAUGUGUCACGAAUCUGAAAACAAUUCUUAAAAAUCGCAUACUUAUGGUUCAGUCAGUGAAAUCAUCUGGUCAGAAAUUAGCAAAUCAAAAUAAAUCGUUACAAUUGGAUAAAAUACGUAAAAUAAUCGCUAAUUUAAUAAAUAUAAAGGAUGUGAAAGUAGGAAUCGUGCAAAUGCCUUAUCAUGUAAAUUUGUCAGCAAAGAAGCUUGAAAUGGAAGUUAUCAACACAAAUAUAGAAACUGAACUGGCACGUAAACUUCUAAAAGAGCACUCAACGAUCGAUGACAGAGCGAAUGAGAAGGACGGCUUACAAACUAUCGCAAUAGAAAGCUUAGAAUAUAAGGGGAAGAAUACAAUGUUCCAAAAUAAUAUGUUCAGAAACCAUCCUAAAAUAAUGUUUGAAGAUGACAUAAAGCUUAAUACUAUUGCGGCUAAGGAAAUAAAUGUAAAAUCCGAUCAAAUUAACUCGAUCAAAUUAAAACUAAUCGUAUUAGCAAGUUCGCCGAACAUUAUUGGUGGCCUUAAAGUCAUAAAGAAUCUUAAAGCUGAUAGAUUGAAAGUUUCGAAAGCAUUUAAUAAUUUGCCGGUAGAUUUUCUGAGGCUCCCUUCUUCUAAUUCUCAAGAGAUCAAGCAAUUGGUGAAAGGAAUCGAAUUUAAAGGCGACAUUACAGUGAAAAAUCUCAACGUGACAUUCUUAAAUGGAUUUAAUCUAUCUGCUUUGCUCGAUAAUAAUUUUGUAGUAAAUGAUAGAAACGUCAUAAAAGGAAUUCUUUUACUUCAAAAUAUCACCAAUGUUAAUAAACUUUAUGCGGAACGUAUUGGAAGCUCAAAUGUUGCCCACCUUAUGACAACUUCUACUGAUCAACUACUUCAUACAGAUUUGUUUAUCAACAAAAUAUUUUCAACAAAUCUUCAAGCAGAUAAGAUAAAUAAUGAAAAUCUUCAUGAAACUGUUGCUUUAGCAAAUGUUUUUAACAAAGUAGAAGUUCCAACUCAAUUUAACAAGAUUAACAUAUUGAGAAAUCUUAAUAUAGAAGACAGUGAGACCAAUGAUGAACGUAAUCAUGCAGAGAUUCUUGAAGUGAUCGAAAAUAUGAAACGUCAUGUGAUUGGAACGAAAACUUCAGAUCUAUCUCAAAUCUAUAAUGGUCGAGUGAUAAUACGCGGAACUGUAAACAUCAAAGAUGCAGAUACUUUUUCCCUCAAAACAAGAAUAUUAAUGAAUUCAAUUGAAAUACCUAGAAGCAUCCCAGAAAAUUAUUGGAUGAUAAACAUAAACCAAGAUAUUCCUGUUGAUCGCUUUUUAAUAACAAGCGAAAGAAUUAAAACCAGAAAUGUCAUGACACUUCUUCUAAAUCAGCAUUUUGUAAAAGAUUUAAUUUUAUUAAAUGCUAAAGAUUUGCCUCGAUCUGUUAAUUUAAGAUUUGAAGAUGUCUAUUCGAAAGAAAACUUGUUUGGUCAUGCCGAUAAUUUUCUUGUUUCGAUUCCUUAUUCUCUCAACCAAACAAUCGCACGAAUUCGUAACAGAAACUCUGAGUUCAUUAUAAGUCCAAUUGAAUUUAAAGGAAAUGCUAAGAUCAGACAUUUGACAACAAAUGACAUCAAUGGAAUUAUAAAUCAAAAUCUUGUUGAUAAGUCUCACUCAAGAAUAAAAUUUGAAGCGCUUCAAAAUGUUGGAAAUAUGCACGUAACAGUUUUAAAAGUGGAAGACCAUUUAAAUGCUUCUACUUUCAACAACGCAAAUCUUCAAAUGACUUCUGAGAGAAUGGCAAAAAUUGAUGAACCAAUCGAUCUAGAAUCGCAACAUCUUUCAGCAUUUGAAGCUGUAAAUAUGUCAGUUGUUUUCUUUGAGGAUUUCUUAUUUCAUGAUUUUAUUGAAGAACUUACAAAGAAGUUCAAAGGUUUAGAUAAGCAAGUCAAAAAUGUCAAGAUAUCUGGCGAAAUUGAAUAUCUUGAAAAUGUUUUCCUCGAUUCUAUUAACGAAAAAAUUAAUUUUAAUGACAUGUUGCAUCAUGUUGUUAGGAAAAAUCAAACUGCUUUGGAUGUGAAAGGAAAUAAAAGUUUUAGAGAUAAUCUUGUGGUUAUUGAUGGUAUUAAAAGUAAACAGGCAAAUGAAUUGGUCAUUGAUCGUGUGCUUUAUCAUACUUUAUCACGAAGUAAACCUCAAGCUAUAGAAGGAAAUGUUUUUGCUAAGAGACUCUCGAUAAAAAACGUAGAUGCUGCUAUUGUAAAUAAUGUUGAUUAUAAUCAAAUUAUUGACAGAAUGAUACUUCAUAAUCCAAUAAGAGCGAAUAUUCGUGUGAAAUUCCUGAAUUCUACUCACAUAAAGAGUCGAACUUCGUCGUUUGCAAUUCAACAACUGAUGAAACUUUUUCAUUUUCCGAUGAGAAAUUCUUGGAACUCGAUUGAGUCAACAGAAAUGGUGAAAGUUUCAAUACAGAAAUCAACGUUUUUGGAUCGAUUGAUGACGAUAGCCGUGAAUAAGUUUGAUGAAACACAAAUCAUAACUGGAAGCUUUCAAGUUAAUUCUCACAAAUUUUAUAUAAAGAAACUUGUCAAGACUGACAACUUUUUGAUUUCAAAUCAAAAUCCAAUCAAUUUAAUUAAACUUUAUCACGAUUCAGUUAAAACUAACACACAAGAUCCUCAAAUAUUGAUUGGGAUCAAAACAUUUCUGGUUCCAUUCUACGCUGAUUAUGCUGUCAUCGGAAAAUCUUCUUUUCUCAUAUCAAAAAGAGUCAACAACUUGGACAUUGUUUAUCUUAACAACACAAUUUUACGUCCAAUUGAUGUUAUCACCGUUACAAAGACAUUUUUAAGUUUAAAAGUUGAGAAUAUUGUGAUUUCAGAUAAUUUAAAUGGACUUCCACUUUCGUCAUUUUUUCCUCUUGCAAAUGUUCAACAACUAUUGUCAAAGCUUUGGUUGACUAGCUUAGAAGUGUUCAAUUUGAAGACUUAUACUUUUAAUGAGUACUCUUUACCUCAUUUUCUCCAAGAUCGAAUGAGAAAAUUUGAUGGUAUGGAGCAAGAAGUUUCUGGGCUACUGACAUUUACAUCACUUGAUCUAACAGAUGAUAUUAUGAUGAGCUCAAUAAAUGGUGUUAUGAUCGAAGACAUGAUAUUUGAUCAGUCUGAUCAUUUGCAAGAUGUAACCGGUCAUAAAACUGUCAGAGUGAUUAAAUUGAUUGGCCCUUCCAUUAUCAAAAGUAUUAACAACGUAGAUUUCACUGACUUCCUAAAGAAGACAAUUUCGAAGCAUCAAAAACGGACAAUUGAAUCAGUGAAGCUUCCAUCAACUGAGCUAAGAGAAGGACUACAUGUGAAGCGAUAUUUAAAUGGUCAUCACAUUGAAGAGCUCUUGACAUCUGACUUUCAUGUUCCAAAGCUGGAUAAUCUUGUUACUCUCAUGAGUCAAAUCAGUGAUUUGAAUAACAAUGAAAAUUUAGGUUCGGUGAAGGCCAAACGCUUGCUUUACAUCGAUUAUGACCCUGAAGUUUCUAUAUCAUAUGAAAAUCCACAGCGAUAUGGCAAUCGAUGCUCAGGAAAUGUCAUUUAUCCAAUUAAAUUUAAAACUGCUGUUUUAAGAGAAAAACGUGAUUCGGAGAUGAUCGUAGAGAUUCCUUCAAUGUCAAUCACUGUAAAACCCAAUCUUAAAUGUCGUCACACCAUGGUACAUAGCAAGGAAAUUGAACUUUGGUGGACUUACAAAGUAAAUCCUAACGCCACCAUCAUGAGAAAUUUUUCAUUUUCCAACGAUAUCUCUGAUAUUAAGUUUCUUGAACAUAACAAAACAAAUAUCUUCAUGAUUCUCACAAUGCAAAACGAUAUCGAUUUAACAUCAGAAAUUUUUGUAUUACAACUCGCCAUAAAUGAGAACGAUUGGUACGAAAGUCAAGGGAGACUUAUAGGACUUAAUUAUGUUACAUACUCAUUAAUUGUGUCUCUACCUCAGCAACAAUUCCUUGUGGUUUCAUCUUUUAAUGGAACUACAAUAUCCGAUUUUGUAUCCAUUUACCUUUUUAACGAUAAAUUAAAUAAGUUCGUUAAGGGUCAGAAAGACAUUGAGGGAGAUAAAUUUGACAUACUUUUAAGUAUAAAUGUUGCUCCAAAAAUAUUCGUGCAAAGAACAACUACUUUUCUACUUCUAUCUCGCGAAAAGAGCAAAAUAUUUUUCAUUUAUCGCCUCAAAAUGUCUUCAAACGAGUUCAUUUUUCAAAGAAAAUUUCUAUUUGAAAGUGAAAUUUUAGAAAUUGUCGUCUUGUACAUCAACAAUGAAAAUCCGUUUUUCAUUGUUAGUUUUGUCACUGGUGACUUUUGUUUGUAUGAAUGGCGAGGUAUAGAAAACUGGAAGGUGAAACAAUGUGGACAUUUCUCAAAUAUCAAUAGUAUUAAAUCUUACGAAUAUCUGAAGCGUCAUCACCUACUUCUAACUUCAUCUUUAAAUGCUGGCACAGCUCUUACCGUUUAUCGUCAAGGAGAUUUCUUUUAAACAUUCAUUCCUUUCAUAAGCAUGAAAUAUGUAUGGAAAUAAUUAAUGUUCCUAAUAAAACAUUUAUAUUUAAUGUUUCAAAGUU